ACUAACAACCAUUCUAUUCUAUCUGCUAUUAUUUCAUAAUUUCAAAGCCAUCCAAUUCAAAAACAAUGGAGAAUAAGAAUUGGCAGCAGUACCAACGCGUGUUCGACUGUUUUGACGAGAACAAGGACGGGAAACUAUCGCCGGCGGAGCUGCAACGGUGCAUGGCUUCCAUCGGCGACGACUUGUCCUUAGAAGAGGCCCAAGAAGCCAUCUUGAGGAUGGGUUCUGGGCCAGAUGGGUUGCUGGGGUUUGAGGAGUUCGUGAGAUUGUUAGAGGAUGGAAGCGAUGAAGACAAAGCUAGGGAUUUGAAAGAGGCGUUUUCGAUGUACGAGAUGGAUGGGUGUGGGUGCAUUACGCCUAAGAGCUUGAAGAGAAUGCUGAGCAGAUUGGGGGAGUCUAGAACCAUUGAUGACUGCAAAAACAUGAUAGCUCACUAUGAUCUCAAUGGGGAUGGUCUCCUCAAUUUUGACGAAUUUAAAGUUAUGAUGUCUUGUUAAUUAGUUAAUUGAAUUGCCCACUCUCCUUCCAUUCAUAGCUUAGUAUUAUUUGCACUACUACUGCUUCAGUCUUUCAAUUCUUCUUCUGUUUAUAUGUAGUUAUCAGAUUCCAUUCUUUUUGUACAGCAAACACUAUUUACCUCUACUUAUUCUCUAUUCAUCUCGUUUAUCUUAGAAAAAUAUUAUUACUUGGACUUCGAA